AUGGGCAUUGACUGUGUCUCAAACCGGAUGUUAAAAAAAGACACAUCUCUCUCUCUCUCUCUCUCUCUCUCUCUCUCUCUCACUCGAUCUCUUACUCUCUCUAUUUCUCUCUCUCAGUCGCUCUUUUACUCUCACUAUUUCUCUCUCUCACUAGCUCCCUUACUCUCUCUAUUUCUCUCACUCUCUCUCUUACUCUCUCUAUUUCUCUCUCUUACUCUCUCUAUUUCUCUCUCUCACUCGCUCUCUUACUCUUUCAAUUUCUCUCUCUUAUUCGCUCUCUUACUCUCUAUUUCUAUCGCUCUCACUCGCUCUCUUACUCUCUCUAUUUCUCUCACUCACUCGCUCUCUUACUCUCUCUGUUUCUCUCUCUCACUUGCUCUCUUACUCUAUUUCUCUCUCCCUCACUCGUUCUCUUACUCUCUCUAUUUCUCUCUCACACACGCUCUCUUACUCUCUCUAUUUCUCUCUCUCUCACUCGCUCUCUUACUCUAUUUCUCUCUCCCUCACUCGUUCUUUUACUCUCACUAUUUCUCUCUCUCACUCGCUCUCUCUCUCUCUCUCUAUUUCUCUCUCCCUCUCUAUUUCUUUCGCUCUCUCUCUCUGAUUUCUUGUCUGAAAGAAAUCUAUUUACGACACCUAACUAUUUAUUCUUAG